CUGAACAUUGACGCAUAUGUUGUGUAAAGAGAUUUUUGAAAGAAAAAUGGCACGGAUUUUUGGGUUCUUUAUGACCGUUUUAGUAUUUAUUCCGAAAGUUGUGAGUGAUUGUGUUCAAAGUGGGACAUGUUGUAAUCAGUAUGAAUGUGAAUACCAUGUAUUUCGGAAACUGGUUAAACUUGAAGAGAAAGUUGCAUCACUUGCACAGGACAUUGAAGAUUCCCGUAGUUCCUCUGAAGGAGUCACCUAUAUACGAUGGGGCCGAACAGCAUGUCCAAGUCACGCAAGUCUUGUAUAUGAUGGUUACAUGGGUGGAUCACAUUACAGUCACAGUGGAGCGGCUACAAAUGCCUUAUGUUUAACUAAAGAACCAAAAUGGGGACGAUACACAUCUAAAGUAGAAUCAAGUGCAUAUGUCUAUGGCGCCGAGUAUGAAACAUGGCUCUACAGUGCUUGGAAUUAUCUGCAAGACCAAGAUGUUCCAUGUGUCGUUUGCUAUGUACCUCGAAAUGACAUACUGAUGGUUCCUGGAAGCAACAUAUGUCCAAAUGAAUACAGGAGAGAAUAUAGUGGUUAUUUAAUGGCUGGACGUGCAACUCACACAGCUGCUAGCGAAUACCUUUGCAUGGAUGUAAGUCCCGAAGCAAAGCCCGGAGGUGCAGAAAACCUGAAUGGAUACAUUUUGUAUUUUGUCCAAGCGGUGUGUGGUUCUCUUAAUUGCCCACCAUACGUGAACGGGCGAGAACUAACAUGUGCUGUAUGCUCACGUUAGCUUGCUGAUUUAUACUUUAACUAUUACUGUAUAGACAUCGCACCCAGUGGAUACAAUUUUGUCAGGCUCACGUAAUAAUGCUGCACCCAGCCACCAUCCCUGAUUUUAUAUAUAUCGUAUGAACCAUAUAAACUAUUAAACUGCCUGUCAUGCCACUCUUAUAUUUAGAACUAACAAGCUCUCUUUGCUCAUAUAUGCCGCCCUAAGUGGAAUAAAAAAAAUAAACCUCUCUAGAAUACCUUUCCUCUGAACUGUUUUUUACUGCAUGAUAGCAUGUAUCUCUAUUUCUGUUAUUAUUGAAAUUUACUGUUUUCAUAAUAAUAACUUCCAAAAUUCAAUUUAAUCAUAUUAACUUUUAUAUCAGUUAUCCGAUCAUGCUAACAUGUAGCCUAAUGCUUGCAAAUCAAUAUAAAGAUAAGUUAAAGAAAGAAA